AUGCACAUCAAAGACCGCACCUUUAUCAUCUCCGGCGGCGCCUCCGGCCUCGGCCUCGCAACAGCCACCGACCUCCACUCCCACGGCGCCUACAUAGCCAUCCUCGACCUGAACCCCGAAAACGGCUCCAAAAUUGCAUCUGACCUCGGUUCUCGCGCCAAAUUCUUCGAAGUCGACGUCACAGAUACCGAAUCCCUCGAGACGGCCGUCAAAGGAUGCAUCGAAUGGGUCAAAGAAACAUCCGCUCCUCUCGGAGGCGUGAUUCCCGCGGCGGGAGUGGGAUUACCGGGGAAACUUCUGGAUAAAAAUCUCAAUCCCAUUGCGAUGGAGAAGUUGGAUUGGGUGAUUGAUAUCAAUCUUCGGGGAGUGCUCAAUCUCAUUCGCUUGGUGUUGCCGCAUAUGGCGAGAAAUGCACCUUUGGGAGAGGACAAUGAACGAGGAGUCAUUGUUAUGGUUUCCUCUUCGGCGGCGUUUGAGGGACAGGUCGGUCAACUCUCAUAUGCCGCGACCAAGGGUGCCAUUAGGAGUAUGACGCUGGUUUUGGCGAGAGAUUUGGCGCCGAAUGGUAUUCGAGCGGUGAGUAUUGCUCCGAGUUUGUUUCAGACUGCUAUGAGUGAUAUGCUGCCGMCCAAAGCCAAGGCGAGUUUGAUUGCGAAUACUGAGUACCCGAAACGCUUGGGGCAUGCAAAGGAAUUCGCGAGUUUGGUGAGGCAGUGCGUGGAGAAUCCAUAUUUGAAUGGCGAGUGUAUACGCUUGGAUGGAGCGGUGAGGAUGCCAGCAAAGAUGUAG